CCGGAUCAGACUCUCCAGACCCUGGUGUAUAAGCUCGUCCCGGGCCUCUAUCAGACGGAGAUGCGACGCAGGCGGCAGUAUUACUCAGAGCACCCCCAGCACGAACCGCCGUUGUCGCCGGAAGCGCGAGGGGAGGUCGUGGAUGGAAGGUACAUCUCCCCCGAUGAACCCGUCUCCCUCUCCAUCGAAUACCUCGAACCGCAUUCCGAGGAAAAGAAGGAAGACGAGACUACCGCCGAGGCGGAGGACGAGAAUAAGAAGGAGGAAGAUAAUACAGAAGACGAAGAGGAGGAAGAAGAGAGUUUGAAUGGGAGUCGGAGGAGAUACCUCCGUUGCCCCGCUGCUCUUUCCAUAGCCCAGCUGAAGAAGUUCAUCAGGGUCAAGUACGGACUCCAACUCGAUCACCCAGUCGAUAUUUUGUAUCGGGGAGAUUGCCUAGCGGAGGAUUACACGCUCGUGGACAUCGUCUACAUAUAUCGGUGGAAGCGGGCUCGUCCCAUGAGGUUUCUUUAUCAGAUUCACCAAAGGCCUUUCAAAGAAAAGAAAAGGACAAAAAAGCAGCUAAAAAGGAAGCGGGAACCUUCCACCGAAGCUGAUCCUCAGGACGAAAAGGACAAGAAGUCCCAGAGACAGGAUAACAGGGAAGGUGAGAGAAAAGAGGACAGUAGAGAGAAUGGGACGCAGGAUGAGGACGAAGAGAAAGACUCAGGACAUGAAGAGAUCGAAGAGGAAGAGGAGGUGGAGAAGAUGAACGACGUGACGAAUUCGGAGGAAAAGGAGGGAGAAGAGAGGAAAAGAAAGCGAGAAACAGAUACGACAGGACAGGAGGAGGAAGAAGAAUGCGGGAAGAAAGUGAGGAGAGUGGAAGAAGAGGAGGAGCGAGAGGAGCAGACGGAAGGCGGCCGGAAGGAAAAGACGGAAGAGAGGAAAGAGGAGGAAGAAGUGAAUAAGUUGCGUCAGGUGCGGAUCGUGAGGAGGACGGGGACGAGCGACCCCCAGUCCCAGUCCCCCAAGUCUUUGACCCCCUCUCAUUCGCACCCGGAAGACUCGAAGGAACCCGUUCGUCCCAAAGAGAAGCCCGAAGAGACGCAAAAGAAGGAGGAAGGGGAGAAGGAGAAGUCGAAGGGUGGGAAGGAGCAGGAAAAAGUGGAGCAAGGUAAACCGGGCGAGGGGGGGAAGGAGAAAAAAGAAGAGGAGCAACCGGGUAAGAAAUCGGAAGAGAAAGAGAAGGAACCGAGUUCGAAAGGAGACGACGAAGGCUCCUUGGGUGCCCCACUGGACCUAAGCCACAAGGCCAAGGGGAAGUUACCGGUCUUACCUCCCCCCUCCACCGGGAAAAAGAAGGAGCGCGAGUGGGAGAACCUGAUGACCCUGAGCAAAGCAGCGGGAUCCCUGGCUCGUGCCCCUCCCACUCGCGAUCAUUCCGUCAACACUUUCCUCAACAACAUCAAGUACAAACUCCCCAACGCGACCUCCAUCCAUUCCGUGACCAGACCCCCCACCACCACCCCCUCCUCGAACGAGACGAACUCCUCGCCCCCCUCCCCGUUGAAAGCGGGACCUCCCAGGCCCAGCAGCAACAGUGCCAGCCCGACCGCGAACGGGAAUGCGACCGGUCCGAGCACGAAGGUCCAGACCAGCAUUCCCUGCGUCCCGACGAGACCGACUCUGACUGGCUCUCGUACGAAUCUCCUCAAUUUCAAGUCCAAGAGCCCCAUCCACAUCCGAAUUCAAGAGAUGAUCAGGCAGCAGCAACUGAGGAACGCCGAGCAGAAGCAACAGCAACAGCAACAGUUGUUGCAACAACAGCACCUGAGAAACUUCACGUCUCCUUCGGUCUCCAUCAGCAAGAUCCCGAACGCCAGCGUCCGCACGAUCCCGAACCCCUCCCUCCUCCGACACAAGAACAGCAACAUCCCCGCCCCUAACCACAACUACAACCACAACCAAAACCGCAUCCACGGCGGCAGCAGCACCGGGAGGAUGAUCCCGGGCCUGACGCCGAUCGCAGCCGCGGCCUUCCACGCCGCCGCCCUCCUCCAAGCCAAGACGAGGCCCGACUGAGCCUCUUUUCGUUCCUCUCCCCUCCGAUGUGAGUCAUUUCAUGAGAUUAAUUAAUAGGUACGUGAGGGAGAGGGGGAUGAUGAAAGUGUCGCGAGAGUAAUCCCCAAUCCGUCGGUGUAUUGGUGUCUAUCCUGCAUCAUCUAUGUAUGUAUCACCAGUGAAAAGUAGAUGAGAAUAAAAUAUCUAUGGUGAAGCAGUC